AUGUAUCCGCGUCAAGGAGCACCUAGACGGUCUCGUAAAAUCAAAAACAUCAUCCCCUUUAGCGGCGCAACUCUAACAACUGGUGGUCCGCUAACAUCACGAUUUCGUGGCUAUCAAGUGAUGGAACCUCCCACUUAUACGUACUCCGACACCCGUCAAAGGGCAAGUAGUGCAGGAUUGGGAACCUCAACUUCAAAUGUCCCGCCUCCCCAACAGGAAUCUAUUCCCGUUGAUUUCCAGUCACAACUUGGACAUAUGGUUUGGGAAGCAGGAUCCAAGCAGAUGAAAGAUACCUUCAAAUCAUAUGGAAGAAUUGAUAUAUUCAGACCGUAUUUUGAUGUGGAACCGAGCCAGGUUCGCAUUCGUCUUUUGCGCUCGUUUGUACCACGUCGGCCAUCUCAAAUGGCAACUUCACCUGAUCUCUAUGGUCCUUCAAUGGUCGUUCUUACCAUGGUCGCUUUGCUUCUGUACAACAUGAAAAGUAGCGGAUACGUUGUGCAAAAUGGAACACUGAUGGGAACAUCUUUCUUUACUUGUUUCGGUUCAUGGAUAUCAUUAUCUGGAGUUCUUUAUGUUCUCUGUUUUCUUCUUGGUGCCGAGAUUUCUAUGCUACAGCUAGUUUCGGUUUUCGGUUAUUCUCUCACAUCUCAAUGUUUGGUGCUGUUGCUCACAUCGAUUUAUCAUACUUCUCACGAUCAUCUCUUCUUUUUUGUUCUAGUGGGGAUUUGCUGUGUUCCAAGCGCGAUUCGUAUGGGACUUCUUGUUUGUGUGCAUGCAAGAAUCCCGUCGCACCGUUUAAUUCUAAUCUGUGCUGCAAUCGCUCUUCACACACUGCUCAUUUUUUAUCUUCAUUUCGGAUUCCAUGUUAUGCUUGAAGAAAUCGACCAAAUCAUCGACGGAACUGACCAAAAUCUCGGACAAAUAGUUAAAGGAAGUAUGACUCUCGUUGAAUAA